GCAACAGGAGGAAAGCGAAGAUGGCGGAUCAUGGGGAUCCGGUAAAAUAACGUGUCCGAAGUAGUAACAAGCGACGGUCUCUUGAAAACCGACGUUAUUGGAAUAUCCUUUUCGAAAGACGAAGUCCCUCUGGGACAGCGGCCUGUGCCAUGGCGUCAACUAACGUCCGAAUCGGUCAACAGGCCCUGGCCGUACUGGAUGUGGCACUCCGCGUACCGUGCAUCUUUAUUAUCGACGCCAUUUUUAAUUCUUACCAUGAUCCUGGGACUGGAUGGGCCGGGACAGCUGGGAGGGUUUUAAUAAGAGUUUUUGGUAUUUUGGUAUCCAGCGUUGUGCUGGUCCUCUCCCAGAAGGCCCUGUUCAAGUUUUAUACACUGUUCUUCGCCGUGAUGCUGGGCGCCGUGGCUGUCAUGAUUAACUACUAUGCCACGUCACACAUAGACUUCUACAGUGCCUACUACAAAGCGGCAUUGGGCUUCCGGCUGCUUCCGCGCAACGGCCCCACACUCUGGCUGGGCAUGGCGGUGGUGCAGCUGCUCUUCGCCCUGGGCUACGUGGUGCUGCUCAACGUCCAGUCCAUGUUUGCGGCGCUGGUGUUCGUGGACAUCAUGAUCCCACUGUGGGGCCUGAUUAUCGAGCUGCCGGUGGACGUGCGGCAGCUGGUGGCCGUGGCCUCGGGCUUCGUGCUGGCGCUCAACACGGCCGCCUGCUUGCUGCUCAAGCUCAAGUGGUUCUACUACUCGUGCCGCUACGUUUACCUGCUGCUGCGCCACAUGUACCGCAUCUACGGCGUGCAGCUGCUGCUGGAGGACACCUGGAAGCGCAUCCGCUUCCCAGACGUGCUGCGGGUCUUCUGGCUGACGCGCAUGACCGCCCAGGCGGUCAUCCUGGUCUACGUGGUGAAGGUGGUGCGCCACGAGAGCGGCCAGCAGGCCACGCUGACGUGGGACGUGUGCUGGGACCUGUUCAGCAACCUGAUCAUCAGCGGCUGCGACUCCACGCUCACCGUGCUGGGCAUGAGCGCCGUCAUCUCCUCGAUGGCACACUACCUGGGCCUGAGCAUCCUGGCCUUCAUCGGCUCCACCGAGGAGGAGGACAAGCGGCUGGGCUUCGUGGCGCCCGUGCUCUUCUUCAUCCUGGCGCUGCAGACGGGCCUGAGCGGCCUGGACCCCGAGGAACGCCUGGUGCGGCUGAGCCGCAACAUGUGCCUGCUGCUGACCGCCAUCCUGCACUUCAUCCACGGCAUGACGGACCCCGUGCUCAUGUCGCUCAGCGCCUCGCACGUGCUGUCCGUGCGACGCCACCUGCCCGUCCUGCUGGUGUCCCUGGCACUCUUUGUGCUGCCGGUGGCCCUCAGCUAUGCCCUUUGGCACCACUACGCCCUGAACACGUGGCUGUUCGCCGUGACGGCCUUCUGUGUGGAGCUGUGCCUCAAGGUGGUGGUGUCGCUGACGGUGUACACGCUCUUCAUGGUGGACGGCUAUCACAACGUCCUGUGGGAGCGGCUGGACGACUACGUUUACUACGUGCGGUCCUCGGGCAACGUCAUCGAGUUCAUCUUUGGCGUCAUCAUGUUCGGCAACGGCGCCUACACCAUGAUGUUCGAGUCGGGGAGCAAGAUCCGCGCCUGCAUGAUGUGCCUGCACGCCUACUUCAACAUCUACCUGCAAGCCAAGAACGGCUGGAAGACCUUCAUCAACCGCCGCACAGCAGUCAAAAAGAUCAACUCCCUGCCAGAGGUCAAGGGUUCGCAGCUGGACGACAUCGAGGACGUGUGCGCCAUCUGCUACCAAGAGUUCGCCACCUCGGCGCGCAUCACGCCCUGCCACCACUACUUCCACGCGCUCUGCUUGCGCAAGUGGCUCUACAUCCAGGACACCUGUCCCAUGUGCCACCAGAAAGUCUACAUCGAGGACGAUGCGCGAGACAGGGCGGCGUUCUCCAACAACAAUGGCUACGCAGACCCCGGGGAGGACCCGGACGAGUUUGCAGCCCCGGGCAGGGCUGAUGGGGCAGCGGCCGCAGCAGGCGGGGCAGAUCCUGACAAUGAGCUGCUGGAAGACAAUGACAGUAUAGAAUACGACGAAGACGAGUGGGGGACACUAAACGGAGGCACACCCAUAGAGGAGGACUACAUUAAUGAUGAUACAGAUUCCAAUGGCGAUUGAUUUAUGAAUAGUAGGCUAUGAAAAUAUUUUUUAAAUAUAUAUAUGUAUAUAUAUUUGUAUAUAUAUAUAUAUAUAUAUAUAUAUUUAAGUUAUACCAUCUUAAUUUUUGUCAACAUCAGGGAUGUCAUUUAUUUGUCUCCUUUUAGUUUUGUUUUGUUUGUGUUUGUUUCUCAAAGGGCUUGUGGAGGUUUAUGGUGUGAGUGCCUAUACGAAGUGGGUGGAGGCUUUGAGUUCAGCGAGAGACGCACAUUCCUUUUCUACUUCUCCUUCCUCCUCCUCUUAGGGAUGCCAUGGGGGUUUGUGUGUGUUUGUGUGUGUGUGUGCGCGCGUGUGUGUGUUUGUGUGUGCUUUGAGUCUGUCGACGACUCAAAGGGAGAUGGAGAAAACAGAACGAGAGGUCUGAUUAAACGUGACAUGCUACUGUAAUCACUGAUAUACCUCUGUCAUUACUACUGGUCUCUUGUGUGACCUUGCUUAAAUCUGUGUACAUUGUUGUACAUGUAAUUUAAAAAAAAAAAAAACAUACUCUUUCCCUUGGAAAAGAGGAGGCUGUAUUACAAUGGAUGUUUUUCAAAAGCCACUGGACGUUUGGCUGUUGGUGUGAGAAAAACUGCAGCCUCCACGCUGCAUUGACUCAGACCAUAUCUGUGUUAAAGCAUCAAUCUCUGCAUUUCAACUGGACAGUUCCGUCAGCGAUCUGUUGAAGGCAACCACUGCUAUUGGUAUUUUAUUGUUUCAUUUGCAAUCGUGCAUUUUUGGUUUCCAUUUAGAAUUUGGCACAUUGGCUGACUGAGGGAGAGCAAGACAUGCAAGAUGCUAUUUAAAAAUUAAUAAUAAUAAUAAUUUAAUGCAACAGGCAGAGAAACUGGUGAAUUAAUGGUGGGAAAUUAUGUGCGUGCUGAUCUAGGUUAUUCUAAUCAGGAAGUGAAAAUAAUUUGAUUUAUUCUGUGGAAUAGUUGUGCUUUCACUUUCUGUCAAUGAAGGAAUUUUAUGAUUCAUCUUUUUUUUUUGCUUUUGAAAAGGUGCAAAUGUUAAUUUUGCCUUUUGCUUUAAAGAUGAUGUAAAUAAAAAAUAAUCUUUAAUAGUGA